UAUAAUCUUCUCCAUCUCCACUCCUCGGAAAUUCAGGGCUCUACUCAAAAUUCAGCUCUCACUUUGUUUCUCUAUCCAACAACACCCACACGCACACAUUGAGCCCUUUUCUUUCCCUUAAAACAUAAGCAACACCACCAUUGUUGAUUUGUUUUACUAUUGUUUUCUUGAUCAAUAACAGGAUUGGUCAUUUCUUGAUCUCUUUCUUUAACACAAAGAAAUGGCUUCGCCGCCCCACACAAGCAAGACCCUAAAGCUAGAGCGUUACAAUAACUACCUUCGCAGGCUACAUAGCACAAAGGUGCUGAAUGCAUCUUCAAAACUCAUCUUCCGUGUUACGCUUCUUAUUGCUCUUGUCUUGAUUCUCUUUUUUACCCUUAAUUACCCUCCACUCUCUGAUAAAAAUCCCAAUCAUGCCCAUCUCCACCACCACAACUUCCUUUCCGCUGCCCUUUUCACCUCCUCAGCUGGCGGUGAUGCCUGGGAGAAACAAGUCCGCCACUCCUCCACUCCAAAAAAGCCAAAUGGGCUCUCGGUUUUAGUAACUGGGGCAGCUGGUUUUGUUGGCUCUCAUUGCUCUAUUGCUCUAAAGAAAAGAGGUGAUGGGGUUCUUGGUUUAGACAACUUCAACAGUUACUAUGACCCUUCACUUAAAAGAGCAAGACAAAAGCUUCUAUUGAAAAACCAAGUUUUCAUUGUUGAAGGUGACUUGAACGAUGCCUCAUUGUUAACAAAGCUUUUUGAUGUUGUUCCCUUCACGCAUAUACUCCAUCUUGCAGCACAAGCUGGGGUUCGUUAUGCCAUGCAAAACCCACAAUCCUACGUGAGUUCAAACAUUGCAGGUUUUGUCAAUCUUCUUGAAGUUGCAAAAACUGCAAAUCCACAGCCGGCUAUUGUGUGGGCAUCCUCAAGCUCAGUUUAUGGGUUAAACACUCAAGUUCCUUUCUCUGAAUUGGAUAGAACAGACCAACCAGCAAGUCUUUAUGCAGCUACCAAGAAAGCAGGAGAAGAAAUUGCACAUACUUAUAAUCAUAUUUAUGGUCUUUCACUCACUGGAUUAAGAUUCUUUACAGUCUAUGGUCCAUGGGGUAGACCUGAUAUGGCUUAUUUCUUUUUCACGAAAGAUAUCUUGCAAGGCAAACCAAUUGAUGUGUAUCAAACUCAAGAUAAGAAGCAAGUAGCUCGUGACUUCACUUAUAUUGAUGAUGUUGUCAAAGGGUGUCUAGGGGCUUUGGACACCGCGGAGAAAAGCACAGGAAGCAGUGGCAAAAAGAAAGGACCUGCCCAAUUGAGAGUUUACAAUCUUGGCAAUACCUCGCCAGUUCCUGUUGGGAAAUUGGUGUCAAUAUUAGAAGGCUUACUGAGUACAAAAGCAAGGAAGCAUGUGAUCAAGAUGCCAAGGAAUGGGGACGUGCCUUACACACAUGCUAAUGUCACUCUGGCAUACAGGGAUUUCGGAUACAAACCUACCACGGAUUUAGCUACUGGGUUGAGAAAAUUUGUAAAGUGGUACGUUGAUUAUUAUGGGAUUCAGACAAGGGUCAAGAAGUAUAGUGAUAUCAACAGUGAGCAUCCCGAGGAAUCAGCUUAAGGUCCAUGAUCAUCGCCAUCAUCACAUGGUUUUGUCUUUUCUCUUUCCUUUUACCCUUUUUGUGAAUUAAAUGAAUUCUACUUUUUUUCUCUUCUUCUGGUCGAGGCAUUGUUCUGGUCCUUUGAUGUAUUCGAUCAAGCUGUGGCAAGCUGCUGUUGAUAUUGUAGCAUAUAGAGAUAGAUUUGACACAAAGGAAGAAGAAGGGGGAAAAAAGGAUUCAAGAGAGUGAAAAGGGCAGUGGGGGACAAGGUGUAGAUCUGUGAAUUCGGGGGUAUGAGACUGCUCAAAAGGGGAUGCAGAUCUCAGCCAUUAGAUUCAUAUGAAAGAAAUUUGUGAUUGGACAACAAUGAUCACAUUAAGAUUCUUUCUUCUUUUCAAUUAUUUCGAUGCUUU